UAUGGUUCUUUUUAACCUUAACCUAUCGAAAAAAUUUAGAUUGAGGAACCGCUUAAUUAUCUUAUUAUCCAAAUAAAAAAAUAAACCAUUUAUCUACAAGUGUGAUUUGUUUUUUCAAUUAUGCUUCCCAAAACACAAAUUUUAGGCCUGUACAAAUUAUUAUUACGUGAAGCCAACAAAUUUUCCUCUUACAAUUUUAGGAAUUAUGCUUUACGUAAAAUAAGAGAUAACUUCAAAGAAAAUAAAAGCAUUAAGGGAGACAACAUUGAAUUGUAUUUAAAUGAAGCCAAGAGAAACUUAGAAGUAAUUAAAAGACAGGUAAUAAUUGGUCGUAUGUAUGACACCGAUAAAUUAGUUAUCGAACAUGAGAAAUCAAUGAAGAGAUGAAUUGUAAAGACUCUCUUAUUCAAAGAAACAUCUAAUCUAAUUAAUAGUUAAUUGCCAUAAAAUAUCAGAGGAGCAAUGCUUAAUAUAGUGAAAGUUAGGGUGAGCUGGAUUUAAAUAUCAAAGCAGCUGUUUAUAAAUGUCUCAACAAAUUUACUGUUUUCUAAUUAUUAUACAACUAGUUGAAAAAAUAUAAAUAUUGAAUAUCUUGA